GGCGAGUGCGAGUGCGACUGGCAUGCAAGGCGGCAGCAGCGGGAGCGUGGGCAGCAGCAGUGGUGGGAGCCAAGGAGUAGGCACACUUCCUCAUCGUGUACGAUCAUGGCUCUCCACCCUCCCUGCCAUCACCCGUGCAGUUCUUCUUGUCUGCGUCGCCGUCUAUCUCCUCCAGAUACUCGCCGGAACUCCCACCUACGCCUCGGUCUGUCUCUCACCCGUCCUCAUUGUCUACGACCUGGAGGUCUCGCGCCUUGUCACGCACGCCUUUGUCCAUGCUCAUCUGCUUCAUUUGUUCUUCAACAUGUCUGCUUUCUACCCGAUGGCCAUGCGGAUGGAGCGUGCACUGGGCUCGUUCUCGUUUGCCUACCACAUGGCGCUGAUGCUGGUCCUCGCGGCAACGUCCUCGCUAGUCAUCUCGCUCACGGCGCUGUACGUCUUGGGAUGGCCGGAGCUUAUGUUUCACUGCGACAUUGGGCUCUCGGGCGUCAUCUUUGGUAUGAUUGUUCUGCAGACCAUGGCUGCUCCGUCCGGCUCGCGCUACUCGGUCUUUGGCUUCUUUGAUGUUCCCACUCGCGUCUAUCCGUUCGCUCUCUUGUUUGUUGUCCAGAUGAUGAUGCCCGGAUCGGUCUCGUUCAUCGGCCACCUGACCGGCAUUAUUGCCGGCUUUGUGGUUGGCUCGGGCUGGGCUUCGUAUCUGGUGCCCAAGCUACCGACUCUUGCUGCUGUCGAGUCGGCCCGUCCCGUUGCCUCGCUUGUCUCGCUGGCCGGCAGUGCAUGGAUUUCGGUCGACGCUGCAUCUGGCAUUGAUGCUACUAGCAUCCUGCCGACCUCGAUGACAACCACUCCACAGCCGCGGGCCAUGCCCGCGCCCGGCCGGGUUCCCCCGCCCACCGCCUCGGAUCGUCCCGCUGCUGAUCCUGCGCCGCAAUCGGCGUUCCCCGGCCAGGGCCACACCCUCGGCUCGGCAUGACCUGUUUACGAUCCACUGAGCUUGCGCGGUGCCUUGGCCUUGGCCUUGGCUUUGGCCUUGGCCUUGGUUUUGGCCUUUGCAGCGCCGGCCUCGGCGCCACUUCCGGGCCCGCUGCC